GUUGGUCGUGGCGUGUACUCCCAUAACACAGGCCGUCUGUGCAUCCAAGUGUGUACUCUCGUGUGUACAGGCCUUACAGCUCUUCUGUCAAUGUCUUGUUACGUGGAAUGGAACUUUCGAAACUAAGCUUUGAGAGUGUAUUUCAUUUGUUAGCAUAACAGAAGUGUUGAUAACUUGAUUCGCUUAUUGGAUCUUAACAACAGUGUUGAUAAGUGGAUGGCUUAUUGGAUCAUAACAACCGUGUUGAUAAGUGGAUGGCUCAUUGGCUCGUAACAACGUUGUUGAUAAUCUGGUGCCAUAUGAAAUAGUAUAUGAGGAUAAAAUAUUACAAGGAAGGAUUCUUCUUAAAUGCUGCGACUGGGCUAGGCCAAGAGAUUUGCACGAAUUCCGGCAUUCUGCUAUGAGGCUAUGUAUGUCUACACACGUGUUUGGGGUUUGAUAAGAAACAUUUCAGAAAUUCCUAUAACUAAUAAGUUAGGUGGAGAAGCUCCUUGGUAGCUUAGUGACAUGUUGUGAUUCAUGUUCAUUGAUGCAUUGUCUAUUAUUAGACUUAGUGACGUCAGUGAAGGCUUUGUGGUGGUCUUAUCUUGUGGUUGUAGGAAAUCAUAUCUAUUUCGUCAACUUGUUUUAACAAAGUAACAUUAGUAAAAGUCAACAUUCUAAGACAUUGUAUAUGUAAACAAAUACACCAUUUUAUUCGGACUUAUCUUUUAGUUGUAUAAAAGUUGUUACAACAAAGGUCACUCCCGUAUGUAAUAUGUGAAAAAAAGUGUUGAUGGAUUGGAUCACUUAAAUGGCGUGGUUGGAGUUGCUUGUAAUAGGCCACCAAGGCAAUUGUAGGAGUGGCACAUGCUUACAUCGGACUGCACUGUUGUAAAUGACUUAGUUGUGGGGGGUGUGGGGGGGGAGGGCUACUGCAUGCUCACAUAGAUCAGGAAAAUAGUUUGUGUACACAGGGGUGUAUGUAAGCAGUGAUGGUACUUAUGUAUGUUGAGAUUGUGAAAUCGGUGUCGACUGUAAGCAUUGAGAGUAAUUAUGGAUGUUGAUAUUGUGGAGGUAUUAUAUCGGGGAAUGCACUUUUAUUUGUUUUAACCUCUUUAAUUUGACUAACCCCACCUGCAUUCUAGUAUGUGUGUUAUGUUGACUCCUCUGUUUGUGUUAUGUUGACUCCUCUGUUUGUGUUAUGUUGACUCCUCUGUUUGUGUUAUGUUGACUCCUCUGUUUGUGUUAUGUUGACUCCUCUGUUUGUGUUAUGUUGACUCCUCUGUUUGUGUUAUGUUGACUCCUCUGUGUUAUGUUGACUCCUCUGUUUGUGUUAUGUUGACUCCUCUGUUUGUGCUAUGUUGACUCCUCUGUUUGUGCUAUGUUGACUCCUCUGUUUGUGUUAUGUUGACUCCUCUGUUUGUGUUAUGUUGACUCCUCUGUUUGUGUUAUGUUGACUCCUCUGUUUGUGCUAUGUUGACUCCUCUGUUUGUGUUAUGUUGACUCCUCUGUUUGUGUUAUGUUGACUCCUCUGUUUGUGUUAUGUUGACUCCCCUGUUUGUGUUAUGUUGACUCCUCUGUGUGUGUUAUGUUGACUCCUCUGUUUGUGUUAUGUUGACUCCUCUGUUUGUGUUAUGUUGACUCAUCUGUUUGUGCUAUGUUGACUCCUCUGUUUGUGUUAUGUUGACUCCUCUGUUUGUGUUAUGUUGACUCCUCUGUGUGUGUUACGUUGACUCCUAUGUGUGUGUUAUGUUGACUCCUCUUUUUGUGUUAUGUUGACUCCUCUGUUUGUGUUAUGUUGACUCCUCUGUUUGUGCUAUGUUGACUCCUCUGUUUGUGUUAUGUUGACUCCUCUGUUUGUGUUAUGUUGACUCCUCUGUUUGUGUUAUGUUGACUCCUCUGUGUGUGUUAUGUUGACUCCUCUGUUUGUGUUAUGUUGACUCCUCUGUAUGUGUGUAUGCUGACUCCUCUGUAUGUGUGUAUGCUAACUCACCUGUAUGUGGGUUAUGCUAACUCACCUGUAUGUGGGUUAUGCUAACUCACCUGUAUGUGUGUUAUGUUAACUCACCUGUAUGUGGGUUAUGCUAACUCACCUGUAUGUGGGUUAUGCUAACUCACCUGUAUGUGGGUUAUGCUAACUCACCUGUAUGUGGGUUAUGUUAACUCACCUGUAUGUGGGUUAUGCUAACUCACCUGUAUGUGGGUUAUGCUAACUCACCUGUAUGUGGGUUAUGCUAACUCACCUAUAUGUGGGUUAUGUUAACUCACCUGUAUGUGGGUUAUGCUAACUCACCUGUAUGUGGGCUAUGCUAACUCACCUGUAUGUGGGUUAUGCUAACUCACCUGUAUGUGGGUUAUGCUAACUCACCUGUAUGUGGGCUAUGCUAACUCACCUGUAUGUGGGUUAUGUUUACCACCUUAUGGGAGUGUUUGACGGAGGUUGUUCAGUUCCCCUUGUGUGAUGACGACUUGUCAAAUGGGUUUCUCUUGUCAUUGGUCCAUCCUCCAGCCAGUCAAAAGUAGCACAAAUCAGUGGGUCUCAAUUUAAGAACUGAGAGGUGUUGAUUUGCAACUCAGUUUUUUUAAAACAUUAUCUUGGUGGAUACAAGUAGUCAUUAAGGCAGUGGUUCUGAACCACUUUGCAGCACCACAUCCCAUGACACUCUGUGCACACAUCACUUGCAGCACCACAUCCUCUCUAUUCCAUGACACUCUCUGCACACACCACUUGCAGCACCACAUCCUCACUAUUCCAUGACACUCUGUGCACACACCUCGGGACCAACACUACUGUAAUAAGUUAUAUGUUUUUGUUGGUACAAAUAUGGGUCUUCCUGCCCCCCCCCCGGCACUGCAUUUCUAAUUAAUUUUUUUGUUGUAUUAAAUAAAGUACCACCUGAGUCAUAUACCUGACAGCCAACUGUAUCCUUACCCUGACAACAGUGUCCUUGCCCUAACAACCACCUGUGUCCUAGCCCCUACAGCUAGCUGUGUCUUUUCACUGACAGCCAGUUGUGUCCGUUUUCUGAAAGCCAGAUGUGUCCUUUCACUGGCAGCCAGAUGUGUCCUUUCACUGACAGCCAGAUGUGUCAUUUCACUGACAGCCAGAUGUGCUUUUUCGCUGACAGCCAGAUGUGCCCUUUCGCUGACAGCCAGAUGUAUCAUUUCACUGACAGCCAGAUGUGUCAUUUCACUGACAGUCAUAUAUGCCCUUUCACUGACAGCCAGAUUUGCCCUUUCACUGACAGCCAGCUGUGUCAUUUCACUGAAAGCCAGAUGAGUCAUUUCACCGACAGCCAGAUUUGUCAUUUCACUAACAGCCACAUAUGUCAUGUCACUGACAGCCAGAUAUGUCCUUUUACUGACAGCUUGAUUUGUCCUUCCACUGCAGCAAGAUAUGCCCUUUCAUUGACAGCCAGUUGUGCCCUUUCACUGACAGGCAGAUGUGCCCUUUUACUGACAGGCAGAUGUGCCCUUUUACUGACAGCCAACUUUGUCCUUCCUUUACAGCCAGAUAUGCCCUUUCACUGACAUCCAGUUGUCAUGGAAUCAAGUGGUUGUUAUUUAAUGAAGCACAUAGUUCGCAAGUGGUGUUUGGGUCCAAACAUGUUGAGAAUCCCAGGCCCUGACAAAUGUGACAUAUUACUGUGCAUCAGGUUUAGCUAUGGGACGUGAUAUCACGGAGAAGAGCAUUGUCUGUAGGAUGAAUGGAACAGUCGAGUUGACGUUGGACUACUGUUGGCUCGGAAUUUUUAAUAAACAUUAUGCUUCUGUUGGCUCGGUGAUGUCAAUAAACAUUGAGCUUCUGUUGGCUCAGAGAUUUUAAAGAACACUGGGCUUCUGUUGGCCAAGAGUUUUCAUAAAUAUUACCCCCCAUCAGGUUAUUUAGAGCCACGUCAUUUCUAAAGUCCGUAGCAAUUUGCCUGAAAGCUAAUGGCUCACCUGGUGGUUAAACUGAAGACCUGAUAACGUUUACCUUAUGCCCAUGCUUAUCAUGCGUAGAACCACUGACUACCUGUCUUUGACUACCUGCAACUUACUGCUGUAACCAGAGAAAUUAGUCACACCAUUACUUACACAGAGGAGGUAUUUCCUACGGGAGGUGACAUCACCUCAUAUCAGACGAUUGGUCCGGUUUCUUUCUUUUCAACUGACUGGUUUUCCCACGCGAUUCACACGCCAACAAACCUGCCGAGCAAAUUCAAUGGCCAUUCAUUCAUUGUAGUUGUGCUGGCUGAUAUGAAAGAGCAGCACGUCUGGCUUUAAUACUUCCUACCGGUACAUCUGAUCAAUGGGGAGCCAUGGAUUAAUUCUACAGCAUCAAAGAGUUUCCUCACAGUCCCAAGAAAUGGACUGAAGACUGUUGAGUUUUGUGUGAGAUUAAAACCGUGUCACAGCUGAGUCCUUGUGUUUUUGGAUUCUCUCCGACUGUUUCCAUGUGUGGCGUUGCACCCAGUUGGUGUUUGUGCUACCGGGCACGACAGGACAAAGGUGUGUGUGGUGGGGGGGGGGGCGCUCACAAGCACACUCGCGGUUUCCCACAUUGGUGAUCUAUUGAUGUGUCCCCUCUCGUUCAAGCAUUUGAUAGUUGAAGGCACUCAGAGAUUAUGUGUCCUCACGCGCGUCUAAUGACGUGAGUGUGUGUAGUGGUUAAACUUAACAUUUCAGUGGGCUUUUUAACUUUGUCAACAUUGUAAUUGUACAAUUUUCUUUAGGCUAAAAUAAUUCCGUAUUCACCGAAACAUUCUUUUAACCAUUUAUUGAUUAUGUUUACAAAUUUCUGAUGGACAAAAAGUUUUGUAACGCCCUGUGCUCUGUAUGUAUUUACCCUACAACCGACGGCUGGAGCACACGAGUGGCUGUGUUAUUAAGUGGACGGCUGGAGCACACCGGUUGGGUAAACACUAGUUGCUGUGUGACCUGAUAGAAGAAGUAGAUUGUGUUGCACCAUGACUAUAAGUUUAGCUCAUGCUUGGCUAAACUUCAUCCCGUACUACAAUAAACUCGAGUAUAUACACUCUAGUGCAAAGGUUCCCAACAUUUUCUCGACUAAUUUUUUAAAAUGUGCUUCUAAAUCAGUGGCGUAGCCAGGAUUAGCGCCCCCCCCCCCCCCAUACAAUUUUNNNNCCCCCCCCCCCCCGUCAAGAUUUGUGCCACCCCAUCCUUGAAAAGUAACUAUGCGGCCUCUCCUUAUAAAGAGAAAAAGCUGUGCCUCCUUUGCACCCCGUCCAACGCCACUGCUUCUAGUUUUCUUUAUUGAAAUACAGAGAAACGAAGACGAAAAAAAAAUGACGUACGUUCAGAUUAGUCUAUGUAUUAUGUCUCGUUGUAAUGUAGGGAUGUUAUGGUGUAUCCUAUGUUGUCAAUGUAAGUGAACACGCAAUGAACCCGCUUGGCCAAUCCUACAAUGACAAUACAAUAUUACACGCAUUAAUUAGUCCACUAGUACUAGGCAGUGCCAGCCAAACAUUGGCAUUAGGUGACGUUGUAACAGAAGCUAGACGUGCUAAGACGUCAGAACAACAUCUCUAUGUUUUCAUACAUUUAUAGAGUUCAGCGACAAUAGCGACACAUUAUUCUAGUUUUAACGUACAGUCGAUCUUUUGUGUGAGUGAAUCGACCGGAGGCUAGUGGUGUGCUUCAGUUAGCAAACUCUCAACUAGGUCAGUUGAUAUCUUUCACCGCUCAUGGAAAUGGUCGUCUGUGAAAUAAUAACUGUGUUACAAAGACAAACAGUACUAUUGAUUGACAUAGACUCAGUUCUACCAACUUAGACACUGACUCAUGAUAAGCCUGAUAUGAUGUAGUUUGAGCUUGUGUCUACCUGGCUAUCAUGAUGUAGUUUGGACUUUUGUCUACCUGGCUGUCAUGGUGUAGUUUGAGCUUAUGUCUACCUGGGUGUCAUGGUAUAUUUUGAGCUGGUUUUUACCUGAUUGUCAAGAUGUAGUUUGGACUUUUGUCUACCUGGCUGUCAGGGUGUAGUUUGAGCUUGUGUCCACCUGACCAUCAUGAUGUAGUUUGGGCUUGUGUCCACCUGACUGUCAUGAUGUAGUUUGAGAUUGUGUCCACCUGACUGUCAUGAUGUAGUUUGAGCUUGUGUCCACCUGACUGUCAUGAUGUAGUUUGGGCCUUGUGUCCACCUGACUGUCAUGAUGUAGUUUGAGCUUGUGUCCACCUGACUGUCGUGAUGUAGUUUAGGCUUGUGUCCACCUGGUUGUCAUGAUGUAGUUUGGGCUUGUGUCCACCUGGCUGUCAUGAUGUAGUUUGAGCUUGUGUCCACCUGGUUGUCAUGAUGUAGUUUGAGCUUGUGUCCACCUGACUUGUCAUGAUGUAGUUUGAGCUUGUGUCCACCUGACUUGUCAUGAUGUAGUUUGAGCGUGUGUCUACCUGGCUGUCAUGAUGUGUCUACACAGCUUCCUAAUUUACAAUGCCAUAAAGUUGAUUUAGUCGCUAGUGUGUAUUGGCUCUAAAUAUGAAUUUAAAAAAAAAAAGAAUAGCACUAGACAUUACUGCUUGUCUGUUGUCUCGUUGCCUUCUAACUUUGAGCGUAGAGUUUCCAGUACAUAAAGGAUACAUGUGUAGAUUGAUUUAUUAUGAAACAGAUGAGCAAGUGUUCAAAACUCCGGGACACUUAAUGGUGGGUCGCCUCCGACCUGUCGACCAGAACUACCAAGUAUUUCAACAUUUGUUUUUUCGCGGAGAUUUCCCAUAUAGUUCAGAUGUUCUUUGAAGCUACACUUCACAUCCAUCAGACAGAAUUACAAGUUGGAUUAUAGCUGAGAAUUACCGUAUAUAUUCUAAAUAAUAUUGGUCACACUGUUAGCCUGGCUCGUGAGAUGAUAUCAAUGCAGUGAUAGAAUACGCUAAUUGACAAAUGGACGGAAAAUUCAGUGAGACAUAUGUCAAUGGAUAAUUUAGUGAGACAUGUAUAUGGAUAAUUGAGAAAUAAAGGUUUGAUCAAGUGUCGGCCCGCGAUGUGGUUAUGGAUAGAAUACUACUGAGAAAAGAUUCUGGCAAGACUAGCACCGGUCUCAGAAUGCCAGACCCGAGCAGUCAGCUGUCAGAUGAAGGGCCAAGUUCACCGCUGAUCCUGGGGGAUAUGAGCAUGUUUUAUUACAGGCAGCUCGCAACUAGUCUCAAGGUAAUUUCUAGUAGCACUUAUUUAACACCGCGUCUCCCCCUUCAACUCGGCCCUUUAAAUGAUCCAUAAGAAAAUCCAGGGCGUGGAGGUAUGUAGUUAGCUGAGGCGUGGAGAAAAUAGGUUGGGAAACUUAAGGCCUUCGCCUUUCUAACAAGCUAUAUGAUUUUAUCUCAAUUUAUUAAGAAUUCUUUAAAAAUCUUUGUUGCCAGCUUUGUGUUACAGUUAAGUACAUGAUAUUGUUUUAUGUGGUUGUCUUAUUUCAGGCUUUUACUUUUGUAACUUUUGCUUUAUAUACCUUGUGCUUUAUAUAUAUACCUGGUGCUUUAUAUAUAUACCUGGUGCUUUAUAUAUAUUUGUUGUUAGUCCGUCAACAUCGACUAGGAUCAUCCAGUCAUCCGGUUAGGAGGUAGGGUGGGUUACGGUGAGUUCGUAGGUGGUUUGCUAGUCCGAUCCGUGCUCGGAAUAAUCUCUGCCACCCCGGGCAGGGGAUAGUUGCUGCAGUCGGUGAUCUAAUGUUGCUCUUUCGGGCUAGCCUGCGUGUAUCAGCUGUGGCUAUUCUACUGGCUUCAUGAGAUUUAGCCCCCUUCUUGACAGCUGAUCUCCACCUAGCUCUGUCCUGGGCUGUCUGCACCCAUUCAGUAGGGUUGAUGCUGAAAGCCUUUAGUGCCGCUUUCAGUGAGUCUUUGUAACGCCUUUUUAAUGACCUCCUUGGGAGCGCUUGCCUGUCGUGAGUUCUCCGAGGACUAUCUCUUUAGGGUGCUGGCGGUCUUCCAUACGGGCUACGUGUCCCAUCCAACGGAGUUUAGACUGCAUCAGGAUGGUGAAGAUACUAGGCAGGUCUAGCGAGGACCUCCGUGUUAGGCACUUUGUCUUGCCACCUGAUGCCGAGGAGUUUCCUGAGGCAGGUUGUGUGAAAAUAGUUCAGUUUCUUGGCGUGACGCUGGUUAGACUGUCCACAUUUCACAUCCGUAGAGCACUGUCGAGAGGACUGCUGCGCUAUAGACCUUGAUCUUCGUUUAUCGCCUGAUACAUCUCCUGUCCCAAACAGUGCUGCGGAGCCUGCCAAAUAUGGCACUAGCUUUUGCGAGUCUCGCAUUCAUUUCGUCAUCAAUGAUGACAGAUCUGGAGAGGGUGCUGCCCAAGUAAGUAAAUUUAUUCACGGCGUUAAGACGCUGUCCGCUGAUGAUGUUGGGUUAAACGUAGGGCUGCUUCCUGGGAGCUGGCUGAUACUUCCAUACCUGGUGAUUUAUAUAUAUCCAUAUACCUUUUGCAUUAUUUAGAUAAAUUUUGCUUGAUUAUAUAUAUUAUAUAUAUGUGCCACCCUUCUGUGGCAUCAUGCCUGAUAAACGCUUAGACUUGUACUUUCAGUUAGUUUAAUAUUCCACACCAGCUUAUUCAAUUUAGCCAUAGUUGCUGCUGCUUUUGUGAUUCUGAUGAUCACCUCUUGGUCAACGGAGAGAGAACUAGAAAUAUUGAACCCACGGUAUGUGAAAUUCUAUACACUCGACAGAUUAUAGCCCUAAUAGCUACGUUUUGAAGGGACUGGGCCUCUUGCGUCAUGACAUUUGUUUUCUGUAGACUAAUGGACACCCCAAACCCUUUACAUGCGGGAGAGAGGCGAUUAACUAACCGCUGAAGACCUUCUUCUGUGUGCGAUGUUAAGGCGACAUCAUCAGCGAACUGAAGUUUACAAUUGAGUACCUUUUUAGCUUGGUCUUUGCACGAAGGCGGGCGAUAUUGAACAGAAUACCAUCAGAUCUGAUAUGGAUGUACACUCCUUCUUCAAGGUCCCUGAAGGCAAACUGAAGAAGCACGAAGAAGAGCGUUGGUGCCAGCACACAGCCUUGUUUUACACCUCGGCUGACUGGGAAUGCCUCAGAAACCGGGCCAUUGAAAACCAUGGGGGCAUUAUAUAUAUACCUCCUGGUGCUUUAUAAAGACAUUGUAUGACUACUGUGUGUAUACCUUCGGCUUUGCAAUAUCUUGUGAUUUUUAUAUUAUAUCUAGUCAUUUAUGAUGUUUUUCUCCGGUUAAGUAUAGAAUGAUGCAAAACUAAAUUCAGGUAUGUGUCAAAAAGUAUCCCUGCUUGUUUAAAUUAUCUUUAAAAAAAUAUGGAUGAGGGGCUCAGACCCCUCCCCCAAUUCACUCGGCAGACUUCGUUAGGCGUUCUCGAUUUGCACUCCCCCCAUCCCACCUGGAAAAGUCGAGCACCUUUGUAUCGACCAUAUGCUAUAUGUAUAAUAUAGAGAAUAGUUCGAUUUAAAUCUAUACCAUUUAUGUACGUUAAUGGUAGCUGGCGUAGAUGUGUUAUCAUCUGAGAAUUACAUGCAUUAAGAAUAAAUAAAUCAUUGUAUGCAUCGUUUAUUUUGUAUUUAUUUUCUUUAUUAGGUUUAAUUUCAUGGGAAGAGUUGACUCGCGAUCAGUGGCCCGUGAACUCAUUUGGGUUGCCCACCCGUGGUAUAGUCAUUAAGAAUUAUUUGUUGGUAUUUCUCGUGCCAAUGCAAAUCACUAUGCAUGCCAAGUCUGGCACGCGUGCCGUAGGUUGCCGACCCUGGUCUAGUGGAUGGGUCGGAUAACUAGUCGGCCCCCGGCCAAAAUCCGACCCAUCACCUCUUGUCUUGCGACCCGGGAGCUAAGAUUGGACUUUACAUUUUGAACGUGUUGAAAAUUUUAAUUAGGUUUUAAUAAUUUAAUGGAGCAGUAUUUGUCUCGUUUAAUUGGAUAACGACUUAGCGACCUCUUCUGUGACCCUACGUAGCUUUAAUUGUCUACGCUUGGUGACCUCUUCUGUGACCCUACGUAGCUUUAAUUGUCUACGCUUGGUGACCUCUGUGUGACCCUAUGUAGCUUUAAUUGCGUACGUUUGGUGACCUCUGUGUGACAUUAAAUAGCUUUAAUUGCGUACGAUUUGGUGACCUCUGUGUGACCCCAAGUAGCUUAAAUUCAAGUAGCUUAAAUUGUAUACGCUUUGGUGAUCUCUACUGUGACCCUACGUAGCUUUAAUUGUAUACAAUUGGAUGAGACCCGUUAACCUUGGUCGGCAACUCAUCUAAGAGAAGGAAACUCCGAAUUCAAACCCAGAGUUGGAGUCCCGUAAGGCGCAGACAACUCCUGCAACCGUACCCAUCCCUGGUCGUCUUAACAUAGAGUCUUGCCAUAGGAUAUGGUGGGCUCGGACGAGAGAGUGAGGUAGACGCCGCGCAACUCUUCCUCACUUUAAACAAAAGUCACUAGAGCAAGUCAUCAGACACCGGACGACUCGAUGGUCAUCGUCGAUCUUCGACGGACGAACACUAUAAUUGUCUACGAUUUGAUGAGCUCUCCUUUGACCCUACGUAGCUUGAAAUUCAGCGCAUUCUCUCCAUAAAAUAGUAUUUUCAAAGCUAAAAUUGGUUGAUAGAAAAAUGCAUAAAUUAACCCGUGCCUCCAUUGUGGGCUGUGGGGUGGGGUGGUCCCACUUUCCCCCCUUUAUAGACCCCAAGUAAUAAGUGUAGGAGCCAACAGCUCCAAAAGAAGAACCAUUGCUGUAAAAGAAUCCCAUUGACUGUCUUAUUUCUUGAUGAGGUGUGGUUAACGAGCCACAAGAUAGAAAAGCGCUGGGCCGCUAACAAGGACAAGGAUGCUUCUCUAUCAGCUCAUGAUUGAUUGACCUACGUUUAGCCAGGGGCUUGUGGACAACUUGGCCAGUUCAUUUUAGAACUGAUCAAUUUCCUACUUUCUUUCUUUUUUUGUGUGGUUGUUUCUCUCUUGUUUGCUUCUUUCCUAUUAAUUCAUGGUGUUGUUUUUUUCUUUCAUACCUUAAAUUCUCUCUCACUCUUUAUAUAUAUAUAUAUAUAUACAUACAUACACACACACACACGCAUAUAUAUAUAUAUAUAUAUAUAUAUGUAUUCACAUAUAUCACUCACUCACUCAUUCCUGGUCGGGUCUGCUAUAGCAGUGGUCCCCAAACCCCGGGCCGUGGACCGGUACCGGUCCCUGGAUCAAAUAGUACCGGGCCGCCCAAGAAACAUUAAAUUAUUUCCAUUUUAUAAGCUUACCAGAUUUUCUGGAUAAGUACGGAUGUACGGACACAAAGGCUCACAGCAACCGGAAACAUACAGGCUGGUUUGGGGGGGGGGGGGGUAUUUUGCUUGAUUUUUUUAAAGGUUGGGGCACUCCCCACCCCUAAUAGUACCGGGGCGCCCAAGAAACAUUAAAUUAUUUCCAUUUUAUAAGCUUACCAGAUUGUCUGGAUAAGUAAGGAUGUACGGACACAAAGGGUCACAGCAACCGGAAACAUACAGGCUGGUUUGGGGGGGGGGGGGUAUUUUGCUUGAUUUUUUUAAAGGUUGGGGCACUCCCCACCCCCAAACUGCUGCGUCCAAGGAGCUUUUAGCCCCCAUCCCUAUUUAAAAAAAACAAAGACAUCAAACAAUUUUUUAUGGGUAAUUGUGACGUCACAGGAUAUUUAAAAAAAAAAAUUAGUCGCGUGUUUAUAAAGCCGACAAUUUGGCCAGCCCAGUGGUCCCCAUAUAAUGCGUCGCUCUGGGUGCCAUGUUGCCCUCAGGCAGAGCUUUGAGAAUGGGGCAAAGAGGGCAGUCACAGCGAGAACCAAAUUAUAAAUUAAAACAUUCCAAAAUAUAAACAAUCAACACCCUCAACCCCUCAGUGGGCCGCGGUAAAAUUAUCAAACGUUGUCCGGUCCGCGGCGAUAAAAAGUCUGGGGACCACUGUGCUAUAGAGAGUAUUUAUAUUCAGUUUACGAGACAGCAGCAGUUUCCCUUUUCAUUGUUGUCUUCUAGCACAAGGUCAUAGUUUAGUGCUAGUGGCUGGUUCAUACGAUGUGACUGUAACAAGGUCAUAGUUUAGUGCUUGUGGCUGGUUCAUACAAUGUGACUGUAACAAGGUCAUAGUUAAGUGCUUGUGGCUGGUUCAUACAAUGUGACUGUAACAAGGUCAUAGUUUAGUGCUAGUGGCUGGUUCAUACUAUGUGACUGUAACAAGGUCAUAGUUUAGUGCUUGUGGCUGGUUCAUAAGAUGUGACUGUAACAAGGUCAUAGUUUAGUGCUAGUGGCUGGUUCAUAAGAUGUGACUGUAACAAGGUCAUAGUUUAGUGCUAGUGGCUGGUUCAUACGAUGUGACUGUAACAAGGUCAUAGUUAAGUGCUUGUGGCUGGUUCAUACGAUGUGACUGUAACAAGGUCAUAGUUUAGUGCUAGUGGCUGGUUCAUACUAUGUGACUGUAACAAGGUCAUAGUUAAGUGCUUGUGGCUGGUUCAUACAAUGUGACUGUAACAAGGUCAUAGUUUAGUGCUAGUGGCUGGUUCAUACAAUGUGACUGUAACAAGGUCAUAGUUUAGUGCUUGUGGCCCUGUUCAUAAGAUGUGACUGUAACAAGGUCAUAGUUAAGUGCUUGUGGCUGGUUCAUACAAUGUGACUGUAACAAGGUCAUAGUUUAGUGCUAGUGGCUGGUUCAUACGAUGUGACUGUAACAAGUUCCUAGUAUUGUGCUACAGUGAAUGACGAAUGUAUUUCAUUGCCGGUUCCUAAUGAAAAACCUUUGUUGAUGAUGACAUCUGACAAUGAAGCACCCUAAUGUUAUUCCAAGCAUUGUUCAGCUCUCAUUUACUGGAUGCUUUUAUUUCAACACAACGUCCGUUAUAUAAUAUACCAGAUGGAUUCUUUUCUUUCCCCGCAUGUGUUCUACACCUUCAACGUGUCCGCCAGUGGUUACAUUAAAGGAAUCUUACGCAACAUACACAUUGUGUUUGAACUUUACAUAAAAUGAAUUCAAUGUUUUAGCACCCAGUACGUGCGUGUCAGCGUCAGAUCAAAUACAACCACUCCGAACUUGUUUACUACCUAAGUCAAACUCUCUGAGCCCUUCUCUCUCCUCACACUCCACACACCCUCUCUCUCUCUCUCUCUCCUCACACGCACACCACCACACACAAAUACCAUCACCUGCCCCACGACAUUUUCUGUUUUCCCCCGUCUGUGACAUACACCAUGGUCUGUGCUGAGAGUGAGUGCUCCAAGGGAACUGCUCGUGCCAAUUGCUCUCAGCAGGGCUACCUACUCUCUGAGCCGAGUUACUUCUCACUGAGCUUAUUUCAGCAGAACUUUGUUUAGCUAGAUAGACAAGAAAUAAUAUAUGAUUUGAAAAAUAUUAGCUUGGCAAACUAGGAAAUUUCCUGAUGUGGAAAUCUAUCUCAGUGCUGCUUGUAUAUUAUUUGAGCAACGUGUCUAUCAGUGUCUAGUUAUUUAUACUGUGGAGCAAAACAAGACAUUGUUUAUAGGUUCAGUGUCAGGCUGUUUAUACUGUGGAGCAAAACAAGACAUUAUUUACAGUUCAAUGAAUGGGCUGGAAUUCUUUUGUGUGACUUCGAUGAUCAGUCAAACAGUUCACGUGCCAGACUUGUUUUGAUUGGAUACUUUCUCAAUUAGGAGAUCAAAUGUAUGUCACAGUCGUAUGUCUAGUCUGAUGUUCACUAAUAUGUGAGUCUCGUGUGGUUUAGUCUGGUGUUCACUAAUAUGUGAGUCUUGUGUGGUUUAGUUUGGUAAAAUAAUGACUCACAUGUGGUCUAUUCUUGUUAAAUAUUGGUACAGCCUGAUCAGUAUAUUGUUAUGGUCAUCUGAGUGGUCCUACCAAUAUUUGGUAUGGCCCUACCAUUAUUUGGUAUUGGUCAAGUGUAUGGUCUCAUCAAUAUUUGAUAUUGCCCCGUGAUUGGUCCUUUCAAUAUUUGACUUUGGUCACGUGUAUAUUCCUACCAAUAUUUGAUAUUGGUCAAAUGUACGUUCUUACCAAUAUUUGCUAUGGUCCAGCGAGUAGUCCACGUUUAAAAUGUGAGACACCAGGGUGUCAUACCUGAUGCUAACUUGGCGUCAUCCGAUGACUCAGUGAUCUGUAUGAACCAAUAUGUAGAUCUGCCCCACAUGAAACGACUAGCAAAGUGCCGUGUAAGGGGACCAGCCAGAACCACGACCGUCAAGCAGACCAGUAACGGUGGUCCUCGCCUCAGGCCAGUCAACAUGUGUUUGCCCAUCCAUUACGCUUGUUAAUUUAAUAGUCUGAUGCCAACAGUUUAUAGAGUCAGUUUACAUUUCAAAUAUGGAUCUUUAGUUUAGUUCAUCUUCGAUUUCUUAAAAAAAAAAUUGGAUUUAAAAUUAAUAAUUCUAUAACGGUUUCGGAGUUGAAUUCGUUCAAGUGAUUUGGUCCUUGUUAUACCUUGACUGAGUUGGUCCAUGUUAUACCUUGACUGAGUUGGUCCAUGUUAUACCUUGACUGAGUUGGUCUUUGUUAUACCUUGACUGAGUUGGUCCUUGUUAUACCUUGACUGAGUUGGUCCAUGUUAUACCUUGACUGAGUUGGUCCAUGUUAUACCUUGACUGAGUUGGUCUUUGUUAUACCUUGACUGAGUUGGUCCAUGUUAUACCUUGACUGAGUUGGUCCAUGUUAUACCUUGACUGAGUUGGUCUUUGUUAUACCUUGACUGAGUUGGUCCAUGUUAUACCUUGACUGAGCUGGUCCAUGUUAUACCUUGACUGAGUUGGUCCUUGUUAUACCUUGACUGAGUUGGUCCUUGUUAUACCUUGACUGAGUUGGUCCUUGUUAUACCUUGACUGAGUUGGUCCAUGUUAUACCUUGACUGAGUUGGUCCAUGUUAUACCUUGACUGAGUUGGUCCAUGUUAUACCUUGACCGAGUUAGUCAAUGUUAUACCUUGACUGAGUUGGUCCAUGUUAUACCUUGACUGAGUUGGUCCAUGUUAUACCUUGACUGAGUUAGUCCUUGUUAUACCUUGACUGAGUUGGUCAUUGUUAUACCUUGACUGACUUGACUGAGUUGGUCUUUGUUAUACCUUGACUGAGUUGGUCCUUGUUAUAUCUUGACUGAGUUGGUCCUUGAUAUGUUUUGACUGAGUUGACCCAUUUUAUAUCUUGACUAAGAUGGUCCUUGUUAUACCGUGACUGAGUUGGUGCAUGUUAUACCUUGACUGAUUUGGUCCAAGUUUUAACUUGACUGAGUUGGUCCAUGUUAUACCUUGACUGAGUUGGUCAAUGUUAUACUUUGACCGAGUUGGUCAAUGUUAUAUCUAGACGGAGUUGGUCCAUUUAAUACAUUCUCAUAAUGCAGAAGGCGAUCCACAAGCAGGCUUUCACAGCCUACAAGCCAACUUUCACUCCAACUUUCUCAACAUGCUCUCAAGACGUGCACUCCCCAUUAACCUACUUCCCGUGCCACUCAGGGCCUCCUCAAAACAUUUCCCUCAACAGCAUCAGUCUAGCCUGCCAGUGUUGGAGUGGUGUUAAUUGUUCUCUCGUUCUGAAACUCAUGUACACUGUAUGGGCACUACAUUGUAUGGUGUGCAUAAUAGGAAUAAGAUUGAAUAUACCAGGCCUCAGUUAAUUACCUUGAGUCACAGAGGCAAUAUCUAGGAUGCCUUGUGGUCCUAGGGUGGUUAGUCAUAUUAUCCCUUAUGUAAAAUGGUGUGUUCAUAGAGUGACUUGUGGUAGGAUACCUUGUGUUCAUUUGAUGCCUUGGGGUCAUAGGAUUCCAUAUGGUGUGUGGUCACGAGGUGCUUUGUGGUCAUAGGGUGCCAUGAGGUCAUACGAUGCCAUGUGGUGUGCUCGUAUGGUGCCUUGAGGUCAUAGGAUGGUUACUCAAUUAUCCCUUAUGUAAAAUGAUGUGGUCAUAGAAUGACUUGUGGUAGAAUGCCAUGUGUUCAUUGGAUGCCUUGAGGUCAUAGGAUGCCAUGUGGUGUGGUCAUAUGGUGCUUUGAGGUCAAAUGAUGCCUUGUGGUGUGGUCAGAGGGUGCCUUGAUGUCAUAGGAUGCCUUGAGGUGUGGUAACAAUGUUCCAUGUGGUCAUAUGAUGCAUUGAGGCCAGAUAAUGCAUGAGGUCAUAGGGUGCCUUGUGGUCCUAUGCUGGCUUUUGGUGUGGUAAUAAAAUGCUUUUGUUUUAAAGAGUUGCUGGGAGUCACACUGUGACAUGAUUGUCGUUUUCUUAAAUCUUUUUUAGCACAGGGUUGUACAACCUUUUAGCCUCUAAGGGCCUCAUUGGAAGACGAAGAUAUAUUUUUUUGGCCCCAAAUAUGUGCACUAACACUGAUGAUUAAUUCCUAAAGUAAAAGACAAGACAGAAAGAUGUUUGAAAUUGUUUUAGUGACACUAAUGUUACAAUAGUUUUUAGUUCCAUGAAAGGAGCUGUAAUUCUCAGUGAGUUCUCAGGGUGCUCAUCAGAAAUUUUGGUUCUAGUUUUAUUUCUCCUGUGCUACAUCAUUGUAAAUAGUUUGCCGUGUAGGUGCUUCCAAAUAGUUGGUCACAAAUGUAGGUGCUUCCAAAUAGUUGGUCACAAAUGUAGGUGCUUCCAAAUAGUUGGUCACAAAUGUAGGUACUUCCAAAUAGUUGGUCACAAAUGUAGGUGCUUCCAAAUAGUAGGUCACAAAUGUAGGUGCUUCCAAAUAGUUGUCCACAAAUGUAGGUGCUUCCAAAUAUUCACAAAUGUAGGUGCUUCCAAAUAGUUGGUCACAAAUGUAGGUGCUUCCAAAUAGUUGUCCACAAAUGUAGGUGCUUCCAAAUGGUCACAAAUGUAGGUGCUUCCAAAUAGUUGGUCACAAAUGUAGGUGCUUCCAAAUAGUUGGUCACAAAUGUAGGUGCUUCCAAAUAAGGGUAGCAAAUGUAGGUGCUUCCAAAUAGUUGGUCACAAAUGUAGGUGCUUCCAAAUAGUUUGUCACGAAUGUAGGUACUUCCAAAUAGUUGGUCACAAAUGUAGGUACUUCCAAAUGGUCACAAAUGUAGAUGCUUCCAAAUAGUUGGUCACAAAUGUAGGUGCUUCCAAAUGGUCACAAAUGUAGAUGCUUCCAAAUAGUUGGUCACAAAUGUAGGUGCUUCCAAAUGGUCACAAAUGUUGAUGCUUCCAAAUAAUUGGUCACAAAUGUAGGUGCUUCCAAAUAGUUGGUCACAAAUGUAGGUACUUCCAAAUGGUCACAAAUGUAGAUGCUUCCAAAUAGUUGGUCACAAAUAUAGGUGCUUCCAAAUAGUUGGUCACAAAUGUAGGUGCUUCCAAAUAGUUGGUCACAAAUGUAGGUGCUUCCAAAUAGUUGGUCACAAAUGUAGAUACUUCCAAAUAGUUGGUCACAAAUGUAGGUGCUUCCAAAUAGUUGGUCACAAAUGUAGGUACUUUCAAAUGGUCACAAAUGUCGUUGCUUCCAAAUAGUUGGUCACAAAUGUAGGUACUUUCAAAUGGUCACAAAUGUAGAUGCUUCCAAAUAGUUGGUCACAAAUGUAGGUGCUUUCAAAUAGUAGGUCACAAAUGUAGGUGCUUCCAAAUAGUUGGUCAAAAAUGUAGGUGCUUCCAAAUAGUUGGUCACGAAUGUAGGUGCUUCCAAAUAGUUUGUCACGAAUGUAGGUACUUCCAAAUAGUUGGUCACAAAUGUAGGUACUUCCAAAUGGUCACAAAUGUAGAUGCUUCCAAAUAGUUGGUCACAAAUGUAGGUGCUUCCAAAUGGUCACAAAUGUAGAUGCUUCCAAAUAGUUGGUCACAAAUGUAGGUGCUUCCAAAUGGUCACAAAUGUUGAUGCUUCCAAAUAAUUGGUCACAAAUGUAGGUGCUUCCAAAUAGUUGGUCACAAAUGUAGGUACUUCCAAAUGGUCACAAAUGUAGAUGCUUCCAAAUAGUUGGUCACAAAUGUAGGGGCUUCCAAAUAGUUGGUCACAAAUGUAGGUGCUUCCAAAUAGUUGGUCACAAAUGUAGGUGCUUCCAAAAGGUUGGUCACAAAUGUAGAUACUUCCAAAUAGUUGGUCACAAAUGUAGGUGCUUCCAAAUAGUUGGUCACAAAUGUAGGUACUUUCAAAUGGUCACAAAUGUCGAUGCUUCCAAAUAGUUGGUCACAAAUGUAGGUGCUUCCAAAUGGUCACAAAUGUAGAUGCUUCCAAAUAGUUGGUCACAAAUGUAGGUGCUUCCAAAUAGUUGGUCACAAAUUUAAAUCCUUUCAAAGAGCUCUAUACAUUUCAUGUUAAAAUUGGCAGGUUAUGUAUUUAUGAUAACUGAAAAUGGAGCCACAAAUUUAACACAAGAUUAUUCAGGAAAUUUUGAAACCUGUUCUCAAAUUCCUUUAUCAAAUCAAAAAGCAAAGAACUCUGAAUAUUUUUCUUUGUUUACAGGAGGUGUUGAGCCAAUGUGUCAAAAUAAAAAUAAAACAUUGCUUGCACAGUUGUAGCAAGAGUUGGGGCCAACUGGGGCGGACCAUCCUCUCCUCACCCCUCUUCCAACGCCACUGAUUGUGUGCCUUAAUUUGAGAUUGCCAAAAUUUAUUUUUCAGAAGGCUUUUAUAGUUUGAAACAUUAUUCUGUGUUGGUUUUUCACAUUGAAGACUAAUAUUUCACUUAUUUAAAUGUGUGGUCAAGUCUACUUAAAAUGGAAAAUUAAGGAGCCACUUUUCGUGUUCAAGUUCUGGCACAAAUUUGUUUUGUUAUUAAUUAAUUAAACAGCUUGAUUUUUUCAUUUGACAAUUCAUAAAAUCUUUUCAACAUUUCAUCUUGAAUUAACCAACUUACUUGAGGGUAAAUUAUGUUUUCAUUGUCAUCACCUUAAAUUGAAGUAAUGCCUAGAAUAGGCAAUAAAUCAAUCCUUUGGCCCUUAUGAAAGUUUACCGCAUGGGUGUACAACUUGGUUAUCCAUCUUUAAAGCUUUUGUGCAUAUAUUUUCUUUGUAUACCAUGCAUCGAUAUUUCAUCAUAAGUAAAUUUGCAUCCGUCUUCUUUUCAUUUUGCAAGUCUAUCUCUUUGACCUAUCAUUUCCGGGAGCACCAUCAGUAGCUAUACCAGAUAUGUUCACAAGGGAAAAAGAAUAUCACUUUAUUGUAUAUUGUUCAGUGCUUCGUAUAAAUAUCUUGAUUUAGUUGUGUCUUUCAUGGCACUAGAGAAGACAUUUUCUUACGUGAUAAUAUAUUCAGUAUCAAUGCGUCAAGUCGCAAUCUCACAAAGUUUGUAGGCUUAAGAUUUUGUGUUGGGCGCAUUAGUAGCCUUCCUGUGCCCAGUGGUUGGACACCACUGGUUAGCAUCCUUAUUAUGGAAAUUGUUGAUUAGCAUGUGAUGGGUCCCUAUUUAAUUUUGUGUGAUGGACAUUGACUCAUUUGACUCUGUGCUACUGAAUGCUAGAAUUCAGUUAGAUUUUUUUAUGCUUUCAUAGUGUUCUAUUUGCAAUAUCCAAUUAACAUUUGUGUGUCAGUUUCUUAAUGUUAAACAGUGCUUAAUGUGGAAGUUAUUUAUAGCACACUUGUUUUUUGACAUACACAGAACAAUUGAAUAACUGCCUGUCAACUAUUUAGUGCUUUAAGCUUUGAUUAUUGCCAAGAUGUGUGAAGUUAAUCGAAGCAAUGAUGUGAUCAGUGGUAGUGUCGCCAGUGUUAGGACAAGGAAGAAGAUUCUCCGUUAUGUUAGUUUACCUGAUGUUUUACCUCCUGGAACUUGUGCUAUUCAAAUGAUCUCGGUAAGAGUUCUGGUUCCUGGGAACUACUGUAACUAGAGUCUCUAACUGGGAACUAAUGUAACUAGAUUCUCUAACUGGGAACUACUGUAACUAGAUUCUCUAACUGGGAACUACUGUAACUAGAUUCUCUAACUGGGAACUACUGUAACUUGAUUCUCUAACUGGCCAAUAACUGGUGUAUGGGUAGGGAUUUUUUAACUUUAUAUUUUUUUUAUUUUUUUUUUUUUGGUUGGUUUUGCAAAUAGGUUUUUUAUGAUUUAGAGAUCUGGUUUUUGGUUUUUCCAAUGAGAUAUUUUAUAGGACCGUACCAUCCACAGAGGUAGGGAGAGUAUGUGGAGAAAAUACAUUGUAGUAUUGUAGUUUUUGUCAAUGGUGGGGGAUUAGCUAACUUGUUAAUAUCUAUCACACUUGCAAUACAAUGCCGCCGCCCAAUGCAGUCAUGUCAGUUGAUAUCUAUACGGAAUGUACUAUGGUCAGCUAUAGGAUGCUAAUGAAUCAUAAUGGGGGUAGCCUACCAAUUUUAUAACUUUAUACUGCAUUUUAAAAAAAUAUUUUUUAAAUUAAGUAAUAAUAGAUAUACAUUUACCACUGGUUUAUUAUUAUUUUAUAAUCUAGAUUCUUUUCUUCUUUGUUUAAAUCAUGUUAAGAAUAAUUGGAAAACCAGUUUUGAAAAUCAACAACCAAUCAUCUGUUAAUUAUGUAGAAAUGCAUUUCCUGACAUAGUAAUGAUGUUGAAAAUGACAAGACCCUCUGUGAUUUCCUCUAUAAGGACACACAAAGAUACAAACCAUUGUUGCUAUUAUAAGCCCUAAUAGAUGUAACUCUCUAUCGUCUCAUACUUAAUAUAAAACCAAAGUGAAGGUGCUUUGGUUGUUUGUUCAAUUUAUUUCAAUGUCGCAUACCAAUGGUUGCUUCUCUUGACACAUAUUUUAAACACCCAGGUGACCUGUCUAUAAAACACUGGAAAUCAUUUUAUGUAUUUGAGGACAUGUGUACAUUAAGCAUUGUCUUCUAUCACUGUAAGAAGUAUUCUAGUGUUAACCUUUUCAACCAAUUCUCAUCCUUCAUACAAACUUAAUGGGGUCAUAGUAAUGUUCUAGAAAUAAAGUGUUGAUAUGUAGAAUGGCAACAUACAUUGUAAUAUCACUUAGUGAAUCCAUCAAUUUGUUUGACCAAUAGGACCAUGACCUGCAGCAGAAGAUUGACCAUGAGAUCAAAAUGAGGGAGGGGACGGCUCGGCUUCUGGUGGCUAGCAAACACCCGGCCCAGGUCCUGGAAGCUGCCAAAAAUUUAUUGUCUUCCAACACACGCAUCAUUGCUUACAUGACCGAACUGCAGCGAAGAAAAACAGCUGAAGUUCUCGGAAAACAAAGGUAAGAGUACAUGUUGGUCUUAACUAAGAGAGUUCUACAUGUUGGUCUUAACUAAGAGAGUUCUACAUGUUGGUCUUAACUAAGAGAUCUCUACAUGUUGGUCUUAACUAAGAGAGUUCUACAUGUUGGUCUUAACUAAGAGAGUUCUACAUGUUGGUCUUAACUAAGAGAGUUCUACAUGUUGGUCUUAACUAAGAGAGUUCUACAUGUUGGUCUUAACUAAGAGAGUUCUACAUGAACUGACAGAGAAAUCGGCUCUAGGGCAAGGGAAAGCCACCUUCUUUGAGUAAGAAGCCAUUGUUAUAAACUAUAUCUGCUAAGAAAAUAUUUUGGGCAUAUCAUAAUGAAUUAUGUGUAAGUAAAAGAAUAAGAGCCAAAUCUAUUCCCUCAAAGAGCCAAAAGAUCAGAAGUAACAGGUGAGGAGGAGAGUGAGAGUAACUUUAGGGAGAGGGAAAUGAGAGUGCAGAGUAAGUUGGGGAGAGUAAGAGAGUGCAGAGUAUGUUUAGGGGAGAAAUAAAGAAAUGCCCCACUUUAGUUAAUGGUAGUAUAGAGAAUUAUUAGUAAAGAAAUGACUGGACUCAGUCUUAUUGAUGAGAAUGUAGAGAAUUAUUAUUAAAGAAAUGACUGGACUCAGUCUUAUUGAUGGUAGAGCAGAGAAUUAUAAGUAAAGAAAUGACUGAUUUGUUAUUUUCUACUUUUAAUUUAUAAACAUAGUAUUAAUUAAUUUUUGGGAAAUGAAAAACUGAAUGAGACUUUGAUCAAGGUCAAGGUUUCUAUCAUCUGCAGUGUUAGCACUGUUAGGUUACCAGAUUCAAUUGGAGGUAUCACUUAAUGGGUUCUGUUGUGUGCACAAUCCUUUCACCUUUGACAGACUUAACACCUGGAUGGUUAACUUACAUAAAGUCUACUGCUUCUGUUUUGAUGGGAUGUCAGUAGUUGUCUCCCCUUUCAUUUCAAAAUAGAGCACUUUUAGUAAACUGCAAGUGUCAUAUAUAGCCUUUAAAAAUAUUUCUUACAUAGGAAACAUAUAUUUAUACAAUUCUAAUACACAUAUUUAUAAGUCCUGAUACACAUUUAUUUACAAGUCCUAAUACUCAUAUUUUACAAGUCCUAAUACUUUGACACACACAUCCUAAUUCAAGUGCAGCUCUAGUUUUUUAAACUUUGUUUCAAUUUUUUUUUUUUAAAGCUUUUUUUUUAAAAUUUAACUUUUCCCAUGUUUUCCUAGACCUUAAUAAGAACAUCUACAUGUCAGCACAUAAGGUCUAGAGUGUGUGCACCAACAUAAUAACCUAAAGAUUUGGGCAGAUCUACAUUUUACAGCCAGAGAUUCUUCCCCUUCCCACUCAGAGGCUCAAAAGUUGACCUAUAAUUAUAAUAAAUAGGCUGGCCUUAGCUAUAAUAUAUUUUAUGAGAAAUUCAAUAAAAAUGUCUCUCCAUGAACCUCAAAGAAUUUUAGUUCAAUAUGAACUUAUUGUGACACUUGUCUUUAUGUAUUCCCUUGCAGAUCUUGGAUAAACAUGUGUGUGCCUUACAAGUAAACUGAAACAUUAAUUGUUAUAUUAAAACUAUUUCAUUGAUUACUUUAUAUCAAAAACCCAUUAUCUUUUAUUUUCUUUCUUUUUUGGGGGGGUUCUUUCUCAAUAUUAUAAACUUACCAAUCGUCCCUUUGUACCUUAUAUUUUUUUCUGUUUCUUCACCUAUAAUACAGUUGUGUUGUAACUUAUAUUUCUCCACCUAUGAUACCAUAUUGUUGUAUCUUCUGGUUUUUCCAGCUAUGAUACAGUUCUUUUGUAUCAUAUAUUUCUUCACCCAUAAUUCAGUUCUAUUGUAUCUUAUAUUGCCUUUAUUUCCCGUAUUCUACAGUUCUGUGGAAGGCAAUCAGCUACCAUGUGGUGCUCAAGUCAGUGUCUCAGGUAAGGUUAAUAAUGAGCUGUUUUUUCAUAUAUUUUUUCUUAUCUUUAUUUUUCUUGGUUUAUUUCAAGACUUAUUUGUAGGGGAUUGUAUUGAAUUAUAAAAGUCUUUUAAAUUGUCUUAUUGUUUUAAAGCAUGGUUUAAACACAAAUAUCUGACUGAAAUUGUUAACCAAUUAUUAUAAUUUGAUUAGAAGUUAUUUGUCUUUGUCUGUGCAGACAUCCGUAUUCCAUUGAUGUGGAGAGAUGCUGAUCAUUUCAAGAACAAAGGAGGUACAUCAGCUGUUUCUACCUACUAAAACAUUCAACUCUUGUCAAGGAAGGAUCAAAAAGACAUUUUUUCCUUACAUGAACACACUAAAAAGACUACACACGUGUUCAAUAUUAUUUAGAUAAGUUUUGUUUUUUUUUUAACUUGUGGAUAUUUCCCCACUUAAAAACGGUAAUAAAUUUAUUUAAAUUGACAAAAAUGCAUUUGUAAACAAAAAAAUUUAAAAACAUAAUGUAUGUAUACUUUGAUUUGAAUAAUUUUUAUUUCUCACAGAUUAUCGUCGCUAUGCUGUUUUUUGUAUGUUAAAAGUGGGAACAGAGAUCUAUGACACAUCCAUGAUCAGUGAUGUUGAUAGAAGCAUGACCGAUAUCACAUUUGAGGAUGUCAUACUUUUGUAAGCUCAUCCACAUCUCCAAUUAACUAUUCACAUCUCCAAUCAACUAUUCACAUCUCCAAUCAAAUAAUGAUAUCUCUAAUCAACUAUUCACAUCCCUUAUCAACUAUUUAUAUACGCUAUUCACCUAUUGCUAUUUUGUCUUACAAAAAUGUGUUUUUCAGUGUUGAUAUUUGAUUAAAUUACAUGAACAACAGCAUAAUUACACCUGGUAACAUUUUUUGUUUCUAAGCUAAAAGAAUGAAGUGCAAGGGAGAUAAUAAAACUUCUCUGUAAUGGAAGUGUUGAUGCCUAAAGCUCUUAUUAAAAAUAAUUCUCUUUUUUUUUUGUUUAUUUCAUUUUAUUAAUUAUGCUUUAUUUGAUUUGUGUACACUUUUACUGUAUCUCUACCUAAUUGUAUUUCUCUUCUCUGCUAAUACAGUGAUGAUGUGCCUCAUGACUUUGAUAUGAAAGUUGAAGUCUACUGUCACAAACUUCAUGAAGACUUCUCUGUAGCAAAUACACCCAAAAAGCUUCGUAAGAAGAUCAACGACUUAUCUGGCUCAGUUGGUCGUAGUGUAGGAAAACGCCUUUCUGGCUUGGUAAGACAAUGAACCUGGUUCAUGUCCUCAUUCUUUUACAAAGAUGUCAUUUGAGUUUUACAACUGUGUCAUUUGAGUUUUACAACUGUGUCAUUUUAGUUUACCUAUGUGUCAUUUGAGUUUUACAAUUGUGUCAUUUCAGCUAUACAAAUAUGUCAUUUUAGUAGUACAAUUAUGUCUUUUAGUUUUCCAAACCUGUCAUGGGAGUUUAAUUAAGAUAUUGAUACUGUUUAUUUUUUAGAAGAAAUUGCUUUCUUAGUUAAUUUUUCUUGAUUGUUUCAGAAUGAUGCCGAUGUUAUUGGAAAUAUGGUGCUGUGAGUGUCAAAUUUACUUUCUACUAUAUAAGCCAUUUUAAUGUUUUAGCUACUGUUUUUAUAGUCAUUUUUCACAUUGUAGUACUAUUCUAGUGUCUCUGGUUUUUCAUUUUUAUUUUGCUUUAGCAGUUUAAGUAGAUUACAUAUUUUUAAUAAUUGUAAAGCGCUUAGAGCUGUAAGGUAAGCGCUAUACAAAAAUGCCUAAAUAAUAAUAGUAAGGGCUGUAUAACAUUCUCAAUAAAUAGUUCUCCUAGCUCAGGGGUCGGGAACCUUUUUGUCUGAGAGAGCCAUGGACACCACAUAUUUUGAAAAGUAAUUCUGUGAGAGCCAUACAUUAUGUUUAAAACUAAAAAAUCCACUUCUGAUGCUGAGCUGCAGUAGACUUGAGCUCAUUUGUAGAAUGAAAUGUUGAUGUGCAAUUCAUAUGGAGAUCAAAGGAGUCUAAAGAAACAAUCUUUUUAUUAUCGAGCAUUUGUCUGCGAGCCAGAUGCAGCCAUCAAUCGAGCCACAUCUGGCUCACAGGCCAUAGGUUCCAGACCCCUGUCCUGGCUCCUUUAAGUUAAAAACUUUGAAGUUAGCAGCUAAACAAUAUUUAUGCAUGCAAUUGACAAAGCUCUACAUUCUUAUAAAAAACAAUAAUAUAUGGUUUAUUAAUUAAAUUUUAUUGAUAUUAAAAUAUAUGGGUAAAUAAAAAAUAUAAUUUCAUCAUAGAAAACCAUUUCUAAAUACAGGGGACCAAAAUUUGAACUUGUUGCCAAAGGGUCGUUGCACUUAUCAGACGUCGACAACUCAGUCCGAACAUUUGACCUUCAGCUAGAAACCACUGCAGGUAUUGUCAUAUACAAUAGUUUAAAUAACAUCUACAUGCAUGGUCUACCACAUAUUUUUGUUCAAAUUCAAAGUAGUAUCAGUUAUUUUAACUAUUCCUGGUUUACAUUUGCAGAUGGUCAAGUCCAUGAACUGCCCUUGUUUGGACACUACUGCUGUAGGUUGGCUGCCCUACCUCACUGCCUCAUCCAGCCCACAGUCACUGGGUUCCUCAACUUACAGGUUUGUCAUUUUUAUUUUAAAUCUGUCCCUACAACUAAUAAUGUCCCUAUAAUAUAUAACUUCCUGUCACUAUAAUAUAUAACUUCCUGUCACUAUAAUAUAUAACUUCCUGUCACUAUAAUAUAUAACUUCCUGUCACUAUAAUAUAUAACUUCCUGUCACUAUAAUUAUAUAACUUCCUGUCACUAUAAUAUAUAACUUCCUGUCACUACAUUUUUUACAUACUUUUAUAUGGUUUUGCAAAUUUAGUCAGUUUUAAGAUUUGGCUCUUUAAAUGAACAUUUGAAAAAGACAUAACAAAGGACUAAAAAUCAGUAUACAAAGAAAAAUCUCUUCCAGUUGGGAAAGCUGUCUGCUUAUUUAUAGGGAGGGAGCUAGAACCCAAAGAAAAGAAAUUCUAGAAAUUACAUCACCCGAUAGCAUUCUUUGGAACAAAUUAGAACAUAAAAAAUCUUUCCCAAUCAAGGAUGGGGCGGGUAAUGGAAUAUCGCUACACAUUUAAUUUGUGACGUCAAUAACAAAAUAAAAAGGGGAGAUAAGUGAUAGACGCUCAGUUCUACGUUGAAUUUGACUUUAAAAAUUUGGUCACCACCCAGGCCAUAACAUCUGAUUCUUCCUGUCACUACAACUAAUAAGGUCCUAUAAUUACAACUUAUAAACUUCCUGUCACAAUAAAAUUUUAUCUCGUAAACAUUUUUAAAUUAUUGAAUUUAUGGAUUUAUUUUCACCAUUAUGUCACUCAAUCUUCACUUUUGUUUUACCAUUGCAUCACUCAAUGUUCACUUUUGUUUUACCAUUGCAUCACUCAAUGUUCACUUUUGUUUUACCAUUGCAUCACUCAAUGUUCACUUUUGUUUUACCAUUGCAUCACUCAAUGUUCACUUUUGUUUUACCAUUGCAUCACUCAAUCUUAUACUUGUUUAACUUCAGGAGGAUGAUGAUUUGUCCAAGUGGAAACGUUAUUGGUGUUCCCUGAAAAACCUUCAGUUGUCCUGUUGGUCUAGUCCUGAUGACGUGGAAGUCAUUCAGCCGUUGUUGUCUAUACCAGUAACCAAAGUAAGAUGGGCAAAUUAACUGUGAUAAUGGUUGUCAAUGCCAGGUAGAUUGACGGUGUAUAUGACUCAUAUGAGUGAUGUACACAAAUGGUGUAUAUGUGAUACACACACACAAUGUUUAUAAUUGAUUUACACAGUUUAUGUUAGUAUGUACACAAAUGAGAAACUGGCCGACUAUAAAACAUGAACUUGUUGAAUGAACUUCUAGUUACAUUUUAAUUAACCUAAUAAAUGUCCAACACACAUGACCCAUCUUUCCGACAGAGUACACAAAUCAGUGAUGCCGACCCCAGCACAAGUAAAAAGCCGCAUUCAUUCCUCAUCAAGACUGUCAACAUAAACGGCAUAUUCUGUCACACUCUGGCUGCUGACACAAAGGAAGAGUUGAACAAAUGGUGGGAAGGUUUCCAGCAGCACUUACUGGAUCAAGGUCAUCAGAUAGUCAUCAGAGAUUUAUUCAUGUUUAAAGCUUAUUUUUACCUAAUUCAUUCUAGUUGAGCUUACGGUAGACCAAGACUUAUGCGAUCUACAUAACAAUUUUAUUAUUUAAUGUACCCGGAGAAAAUGUUAAUAAUCGAAAUUUCUUUGUUUCUUAUCUUCUUGUGUACAAUUUAAUUUUUCUCAGCUCUAUGGAAACAUGCUUGUGAUGAACUAAUGGAUCUGAGAGCUCCAACUAGACGUAAAAUUCCGUUGUUUGUCAGGAAGAGUUCACUGUAUGAAGAGACUCCACUGAUAGGUUAGUUGGUGUACCAUUGAUAGCCAAAUACGUUCAACAAAUACUUUUCAACUUCUAUCCAUUUGAGAGGAUAAGUUGAAAUAUGAUUAUACUUUCUUCAACAUAAGUGACACUAUUGGAAUCAGUGACUUAAAAUGAUACUUCCUUAUAAAUAUGGCAUCUCAUAAUUGUGUUGGAAUUACAUUUACACCUUUUCAAUUUCUUUUUUUUCUAGUGUAAUUUCCCUAAAUUUUCCUAUUGCAAAAAAAUAUUUCCCCAACUUUAUUUGUGUAUAGCUGGUAAGAUGUUAGUUUAUUUUCCUCCAUACUUUGUUAGUGCCAUGUCCAGUGUGAAGAAUAUGUUUUGUCUUUCUCAGAGCCAGAGAACAAUAGUGAGAGCAUUGUUAGUGAUCUGGGCAAUGACCAAUUGACACAGAUGCUACACACAUUGAUGGGGGAGGCAAGUCAGAUCAGGGGAGGAGCAUCAUCUCAAUCUUAGACCAGCUCAUAAAAUCUGACGGAUUCCUUGACAUUCAGCCUUUUGUCCUGGUUCAUUGCUUGUAUUUAAUUCUUUGGAACAUUCACUUAUUUCAUUCAUGUCAAUUUUUGAGUGGGAAGCAGUCAUGUCAGAAUUGAUUUUAUUUUUUUUUUAAAUUGAAUUUCUUUGUUAUUUGUCAUUUACUUUAAAAAAUAUGUCAAUAAUUGUGUACAUCAAGUGGGAAGAAUUAAAGCUUACACUUGUUACUUGCGCAAAAUUUGCAUUUAAAUAUUUUUUUUUUUUACAUAGCAUAUUGCUUAAACAAGGCAGCUGUUGACUAUGCAUACAGCGUAGAAAAGCCUGAAUGACAAGCAAUAACUGAAUAUCUGAUCCCCUGAUUUAUCUGUUGUCUUCUAGUUCACCACAAUGGUCAGUGAAAUCCUGCAGCCACAGUAGCAAACCCCAAAGUGUCCAUUUUUUGUCUCCAUUUCUGCUCAUCAUAUGAUCAUUCCUAUUGAGAAGAAUAUUGCUCAGAGACUCAUUCUUGUACUCACAAUGUACUUGUUGACAAACUUAUUCAACACAGUUUAGUGGACAUUAGGAUUAAUUUACUGUCACAACUGGUCAAGUACUUAUAGUGUCACCAAGUUAAAUAACAUUAUGUAGUAUAUGGCCGAUGUAUCUUUAAAGAAGGAAAUUUAAAUUGUUUAAAACAAAUAAUUGUCUGGCUAUUAAUUCUAUUAUGUAAUAAAGAUCCUCAUGAAAUUUGGGAGGGUAAGAAGACACCAUUGUACAUGUCCCACUAUAGAAAUCCAUUUCCUCUAAUGAUACAUACUUUGUUUAUAAAUGGUUUACCUGUAUCCACAGUUCUGAUAAUUAUAACAUUAGACCUGAAAUGUCAGCAUGAACCCUUGAGAUAAAAUAAAGUUUUUAGGAACAUUUCAUUUUAAAAGAAAGCUAAUUUCAGAGAUCAGAUGAAAUAAUUGCAUUAUUUUCUACGCUAUGAAAAUGUACACAAAUAUUAUUCUCCCUCUGUAACAAGUCAUGCGCUAUAGAUAUUGAAAUGUUUUUAGGUGGCUUGGUUAAACAAGAUGGACCAUGGCAUCUUUGUGAGUCAUAUGUUGUUAUAAAUUAAGUCUUGAAUUUUUAUUUCUAGUCCACAACUAUUGCACUAAAUGUUUUUAUUUUUAAUUGUAAACAAAGUUUUGUCUAUUUAAAUUGAGACAUGUCUAUGUCCAACUUGAGUCGGAACAAAUAAGAGAGACAUGUCAAUGUCCAACUUGAGUCAGAACAAUACUUAAAAGGCUAUCAACUCUCAGCUUUGGUUGUUAUUUUCUGAUGAUCCAUUGAGAUUUGAGAGCCCUAAAUAAAUCUUCAGUUUUGUGCCAUCUCUAAGAUCUAUUUAAAUAACAGGGUCCUGUUCCAAUUCAAUAAGGCAUAUUAUGAUGGUUGUCAUUUUUAAGUUGAAAAACUAAUCCAAACUCUCUCUCCAAAUUCUGUCUUUCUCCUCCCUCCCCCCCCCCCCCUUUUUUUUUUUUUUUCUUCUCUUCUUUUUCUGCUACAAAAUGAUGGCAUCUUUUUUAUUUAGCCAACCUUGUUGAAGUUGAAACCAAUUUCAAAGAAAUGUUACACAGCCAUGUUGGUAAAAUCAAAUAAUGUCAGGUAUUUUUGUUCACUUUCUCAAGAAUCAUUGUUUUCUAUUUACUAAAACCUGGCUCCCAUGCCAAUCAAUAUAGAAAUUAGUUAAGAUACUAGGAGUAGUGUGGGAAGUAUAAUAUAUCCCUGCCUCCCAUAUGUCAUUGACAUUCAUCAUUAGUUAGUGUGAAUUUAUUGAUUUUAUUUUGGUUGAAUUUCAUUUAAAAUCUCCUGGGGAAACAAAAUAGAUAACAAAUAUUCCUCUGAUCUGUUAAUUUUAUUAUUGUUUGUAUAUAUGACCUCAAUAAACCAAGCUGGUGAGACCAAAAUUUUGUGUCCUCAUUUCAAUUCUGUUUAGGUUGAACAUAGGAAUAGUUGUGCAUCAGAGUGAAAAAGAUGUGUAUGCUCAUAAUAAAAAAACAUGCAAAUAUUCUUUCAUCUCUGUGUUCCUUGUCAUUUGAAAUAAUGAAAGAAAACAUUUUUGACUUGGUCCAUUUCUAAUUUUCCUUACCAAAAAAUCUAAAAUAGUAUCUAUCUAAUGGAAGCUUACAUUAACAGUGAUAUUUAUAACACAAAAUUUUUAAUUUAAAAAACAUGAAUUCAUCUGGGGAAUAAAUAAUAUAAGAUUCCAAUCAAUAAUAACGAUGGUCCAAUUUGUUUACUAUAUUUUAAAUGUUUAGUCUGACCUAAGAUCGGAAUUGCUAUAUACAUAUUCAACAACUGUCAUGUCUACAGUAUACAAAAGUCACCUCAUUCUUUCAUCCCUAAACUUGAGGAAAUAAACUUAGUUCUUUGUGUCAAUAAUUUAAUCAAGUUUGUUCAAAAAUCCUUGUUUUAAGUAUUUAAUAAGCAUGAAAGAAUAUUUAUUUAAAAAAAAAAAAAGACAGAAACAACCAUAGUUUGAAAAUGAAUCUAU